UGAGCGCGCUUGACUGAAAGUGGCUCGAGCGCAAAACCCACUCACAGGCUAAUUUUAACAGAAUUAAACAUCUUAUCUAACUUCAAAUUACACUUUCGCUUGAAAUAAAUCUGUAGUUAUGUAUCGUGCGUAUAAAUAAACGAAAUCCUCGGGGAAAACUGGAAUAUGCCUCCACCUGACAUUCAAAGGUAAAAUCUCCUCAGAAAAGGAAUUUGUGUUUUACGCAAGAAACCGUUUUGUUUUUUUUUUAUUAUUAUAUUAAUGAAUAAUCCAGAGGAGAUAUUGAUACCGAAUUCGUUCCGGGGAACUCAGUGGCGUGUUAGUAACUUGUAUAAAGAUAAUCGUGUGUCAGGACGGGAUGAUGAGAGUUUGAAGCGCACGCGACUCCCGCCGCUCCGGAGGAUCCGUCCGUUAACGUUCAUGGAGUUUAUAAGCGGGAGCCGCUAGAAUGGAAACCGUGAUUGAUGAAACGGAGGCCUUACAGAGAUUCUUCGAAGGUCAUGAUAUUAACAGCUCUUUGGAGCCAACAAACAUUGACACGAGUAUCUUGGAGGAAUACAUCAGCAAAGAGGACGACAGCACUGAUAUCUGUUUCACAGAGGUCCACAGCACCCCGGGACCCCAGUAUCCCUUGCCCCAGGCCGGGGCAUCUUCUUCAGGGGGGGUAGGGUGUGGCGUGAGCCCCCCCAUCCCCCUGCGCCAGGGCGCUGUCCUGUCUCUGCCCCAGCCCUGCCAAAACCCCUACCCGCCUCCACCACCGCUGAGUCACCUCAGACACAACUACCCCUGUCUGGGGCAACAGCAGAGCCAAACACCCCAACACCAACAGCCACACGUCAAACCAGACCACCGCGGACAGUACGCACCGGGGACGCUACCCGAGUCCCCUCCUGACUCCAGCUCAGAGCCAUAUUCACCCCAGCAAGCCAACGAUCCACACAUGCUCAGGACAAUGACGCCCGAGAACAUGUGUCACAUGACCAGUCCUCCGCCUCUUCCUACACACCCCCACUAUCCCAGCAUGCACCGGGACAUGUACCUUAAGCCAGAGCCCAUGAUCUCACAGUAUGCGAUUGGUCCAGUCAGCGGCGGGGGCGGAGACAUGCAACAGAGUCAGAUGCUACAUCAACUCCUGCAACAUCCACAAGGACCAGAUGGGAUUCCCGUACAUCCAGCAAAGAAGAGAAAACAUUCAGACUCUCCCAACAGCACUAUCAACUCACAGAUCCUCACAGGCAUCAUCAAACAAGAGCCAGGUUUGAUGCAGGAUGCAGAAAACUCAUACCUGGAUCCAAACUACCAGUGCAUAAAGUGGCAGCCGCACCAGCAGAACAAAUGGACUACAUUGUACGACUCCAGUGGAAAAGAACUUCCGAUGCCUACAUAUAGGGUGGAUGCAGAUAAGGGUUUUAACUUCUCCUUGGCUGAUGAUGCAUUUGUGUGUCAGAAGAAGAACCACUUCCAAGUGACCGUGUACAUCGGGAUGCCAGGAGAUCCCAAAUAUGUCAAGACCAGCGAGGGGCUACAGCCCAUUGAAUGCUUUUACCUGAAACUCAAUGGGGUCAAGUUGGAAUCGAUGAAUCAGUCCAUUAAUGUGGAACAGUCACAGUCUGACCGGAGCAAAAGACCCUUUAAACCAGUUGUAGUGACAUUGCCGCCAGAGCAGGUGACCAAAGUAACGGUGGGACGUCUCCAUUUCAGUGAGACCACAGCUAAUAACAUGAGAAAGAAAGGCAAGCCGAACCCAGACCAGAGGUACUUCAUGCUGGUAGUAGCUCUUCAGGCUCAUUGUCACAGUCAGAGCUUCACAUUGGCGGCUCAAGUCUCCGAGAGGAUCAUCGUCAGGGUAACCGCUGCGUCUAACCCAGGUCAAUUUGAGAGUGACAGUGAAGUGUUGUGGCAGAGAGGGCAGAUGCCGGACUCUGUGUACCAUCACGGCCGGGUGGGCAUCAAUACUGACCGGCCGGAUGAGGCUCUGGUUGUCCACGGCAAUGUGAAGGUCAUGGGUUCCCUUGUGCACCCUUCUGAUAUUAGAGCCAAGGAGAAUGUAAAGGAGGUGGACACCACUGAUAACCUGAGGCGGAUUUCCCAAAUGAGGCUGGUGCAUUAUCAGUAUAAGCCUGAGUUUGCAGCCACAGUGGGCAUUGAUGCCACUUCUGAGACUGGGGUCAUUGCUCAGGAGGUCCAGCAGAUUCUGCCGGAGGCUGUGAAGGAGGGAGGAGACGUGGUGUGUGCUAACGGAGAGACCAUCCCUAAUCUACUGGUGGUCAAUAAAGAGCGGAUCUUUAUGGAGAACGUGGGAGCAGUGAAGGAACUCUGCAAACUCACUGAUAAUCUGGAGACUCGCAUUGACGAACUUGAACGCUGGAACCGGAAGCUCGCCAAGCUGCGCCGGCUAGACAGCAUGAAGAGCACCGUCAGCGGAGGCACUGUCAGCCAAUCAGGAAGCUAUUUUAGCAGAACAGGAAGUGGCCCACUCAAGAAAAAAACAGCUAAGCCAGGAAGCAAGCGGUCCAACCCAGAGCAGGGCUGCCUGAGUCACAGAUUCAUGCAGGGCACCAUCCUGGCGCUGGUCAUCAUAAUGGCCUUCAGUGUCAUCUCCAUGUCCAUCCUCUAUGUGCUCAAUCUUCAACGCCAUGGAAGCAUAAGUGAUGUUGAGGGUGUUGUUUGUAGCUCUGCAUCUCGCUGCCUUCUCUUCGUCUCUUGGACGCCCUUCCUCACUGCAACCGUCACAUUCUGUCCAUCCUUCUGUCUGUGGUCUCGUUCUGCUCUGGGUUCGGCUCGUCAGGCUUCUUUUUCCCGUGUCAGAGUGACCACAUCCACUCUCUCCCCAGACUCCACGUCGCCAUCGUUGUCCAGUCACCCGCCCUGCUGUCCUUCAACAUCUGCCACAACCAAUCAAUCAGCCACUAUCGGUCUGUUGCCAGGCAACAACCAAUCCACUCCUGACUCCAGCACUGGCGUUCCCACCCAGGCCACUAUUAACAAGAAGGCAAAGUCUCGGCUGCUGGACAAAGACAGCCGGAACAAGAACCGUCUGAGUCACACGUCGUCUCCUCUGUUCCUCAGUAAAGGCAAACGGCCGCCUCAGCCUCCAGAGCUGAGCGGAGCAACCAAACACUUGCCUGGUGGACAACAGCCACCGUCCCGGAGACAGCGCAGUAUCAACACACAGGGUGGAAAUCCACCAGCGUGUCUAAGCAAACUUCACAUUCUCGAGAUGGAUCAGGAGAUCAGAACGCUUGAUUGUUCCUCAUCUGAGAGCUGCAGCUUUACUGUGUUUCUAAAUGGAGACAGAAACUCAUCUAUGUCUUACAUUACUCUGCACAUGAUCUCCUCUGAGGAGGUGUGGGUGUGGCAGUGUGGAGCCACCAGGGGGCGACUCUGUCCAAAUCAACCAGAAGCUUCUUUGUCACUAAAGCGGAGCACUUAUACAGCGGGGACCAGCCACCUGUGGUCACUUCCUGUUAUGCCUUUUCAAGAGGUCACCUACCAUUUUCGAGUGUCACAUUCAAGUCUAACGGGAUGUAGCAAUGAAGAUGACGACGUGUCCUCGCAGUGCUCUGAGUACAGUUUCCUCAUUCAAAGCGCAUGCUAAGCAGCGUCAAGAUUCAUGCUAUUCAGCUUCAACUUCUCGUGUCCAUUCGUAUCGCCGCCCGAGAUUCAAAGACUGUUUUAUCUGGGCGAGCUGAUAAAGACGUCUUAUCUGUGUUUGUUCUGCGCAUAUUUGUACAAGACAAAAAGAAAAUGAGCAUUUUUCAAAAAAAUCUUUUUCCGAGAUCACUUAGCCUUAACCUUGAUUAUAUAUUACUGCUUAUAUACACACUUGCACACAUACACACAAACAUUUAUAUAUUAAAUUUCUUUUGAUUUGCCAGGAUAAAAUAUAAACAGGUACCAGUUAGUGACUGCUGGGUGGAGCUCACGCUCUGCAGUCUUUUCUCUCUGCUUCUCUCUGUCUUUAUGUAAAAUUGACUGUUACAUCAUAAAUUGCGCUUGCAGUCAACAUGAAAUCAAAAAGGACCGAAUUUACCCUCUUAAAACAUGUUUUUGUGCAUGAUUCAUUAUUCUAAAGACAUCAGUGGACAUUAUUCACAUUUCCUUUAAAGAGCAAGUCAUAUGGGUUUUUGAAAAAUAUCUCUUGCAGUUUAUA